CAGAAGCUGCAAAAUGCAGCUUGUUGUUCCUGCUGACAAGGAGUUUCUCAUGGUGCCAUUCCCAUUUAUGCUGAAGUCCUCCCAAGUUUGAUGCGCCGAUUUGGAAUUAACGCCGAUUGAGUCAAGCCCUGCUGAUGAUUCAUCCUACCUAACGAUCAGUUCGAUCGUGAACAAGAUGCUCAAGACUAGUGAAUGUUCGCGAGAUGCAUUGGAGCUGUCCGUUGAACCCAAUGAAUCUACAGCCAUCGGCAAGCAUUUAACUGAAACAGGGAUGGAAAUGUGAAACCUUUUCAGCUUAUGCUUGACAGAUUGCUUUGACCCUCUGGAUCCCAACGGCAACAUCACAGUCACCUUCGACGUCCUCGAUUACCCGGAAAACGGAGGCUAUGUGGCGAGAGUGACGAUCAGGAACUUCUAUCAGUACCGCCACGUGGAGAAGCCAGGGUGGCAGAUUGGUUGGGGAUGGGCGAAAGGAGAGAUCAUACUGAAAAUGUCAGGCGCAUACGCUACCGAUUCAGGGGACUGCAAGAACUUCGCUUCUCUGAAGCCGCACUGCUGCAAGCAGAACCCAAUCAUGGCCGACCUAUGGCCGGCCGCAGCCUCAGACGACGGAGGAAGAACCGUUGAGGGGUGCUGCCGCGGCGGCGUGAUGUCGGCCUGGGCUAUUGAUCCUUCGUUGUCAUUCUCAGCAUUUGAGAUGACAGUUGGGAAUCUCCCAGCCAAUACUAGUUAUCCACCUGCCAAUCUCACUCUGUUUGCUCCAGGGCUUGGCUACACCUGUGGCCCGGUUCAGGAUUCGGAAUCCACCGUGUUUCUCGACUACGGCGGGAGAAGAAAGAUCAGAGCUUUCAGGACGAUGAAAUCAGUGUGCACUUACUCGAGCUUCCUAGCGAACAGAGCGCCCGUAUGCUGCGUCUCGCUGUCAACAUUCUACAGUCCGCAGAUCACGGAUUGCCCGAAAUGCAGCUGCGGAUGCAGGGACUCUGCCUCCGAUGGAGUUUCUUGUUCAAGCAGCCAGAGCUCUUCUUCUUCGUUGGGCGGUAAUGGCGUGGACGACAACAAGUUGCAGUGUACGGAUCACAUGUGCCCUGUUCGAAUUCACUGGCACGUGAAGAACAAUUACAUGCGGUUCUGGAGAGUGAAGCUCACAAUCUCUAACUACAACCUCCGGAAGAAUUACUCCGACUGGAAUUUGGUAGUCCAGCACCCCGGUUUUUCGAAGAAGUCGAUCGCUUACAGCUUCAACGCCACCACCCUCCCGACCGUCGGAAUCGAAAAUGAGGUUGCUCUGUUUUGGGGUUUGCCGUACUACAACAGCGAGCUAACGGAAGCUGCAGCCGGCGGCGGCGGCGGCGGCGGCGGAUUUGGGUCGGUGACGACGGACAUCAUCUUGGAGAAGGAUUUGGAUGAGUUCACGUUGAUGAAUGGAUGGGCGCUGCCGAGGAGGGUUUACUUCGGCGGCGAGGAAUGUCAAAUGCCGUUCCCUGAUGCAUUCCCAAUGCUGCCAAACGGUGGAUUCAGAAUCCGAUCCUCUCCCCGCCAUCGACGCCGUUAUCUCUUCUUUCUCAUCUUCUUGGUGGUGAUUUGGUUAGAACUAAGACUAUAGCCAGAGACUCCAAGAUUGAUCAAAUAAAACCGCCGGCGGUGUCUUUCUUUUCGUUUCUCUUUAGUGACGAUAGAGAAAAUUAGAUUAAACGGUGUGACAUCCAUAUAUAUAUUUUUUUUGUUUCAUAAGAGAUUUGAGGGAGGGAGUGAUGUGCCACAUUCUGUACAUUGAUUUUAAUUUGCAUUUAGAUGUAUACACAAUAUGAAUGAAAUUUUGGAAAUGUCAUGAUUUG